AUGGUCUCUAAUAUAUGGAUAGCAGCUGCUGAUAAUCAAAGACAAAUAGUCGAGCAAUACAUUGACUCUAAUGAGUAUACCCCAAAUUCAAAGGAUCCAAAUGGAUAUACUGCUGUACAUGCAGCCGCCUCAUAUGGCCACGUCGAUUUAUUACAGUACUUAAUAGAGAAGGGAGGUGAUAUAAAUGUCCAGGACAACGAAGGUGAUACACCUUUGCACCAUGUUGAGGAAGUUGAAACAGCAAAAUAUAUGGUGGAGAAAUUAGGAGCCAAUUAUAAAAUCAAAAACAAUGAUGGGUUAACAGCCCAACAAUACAUUGAAGAGGAGGAUGAAUUCCCAGAAGUAGCACAAUACUUGAAAACAUUGGCUCAUGAUAAACCUGCUGUUAGUGAAGAAGAAAUCAAGGCCAACGAGUUUAUAGAAUCAUUACCUGUUCCAGGAAAUAUUGAUGGCCACCAAAUCAGAUAUAGUUUGGAAAAUGAACCAGCACAAGACGGCGAAGAAAAACUAUCACCAGAGGAAUUAGAAGAAAGAAGAAAGAAAAUUCAAGCUAUUUUGGAAAGUGAUAAUCCGGAGGAAGCAUUGAGGGAUUUGGUUAAAAAUGCUGUUCAUGAAGGUAUGAGUCUGUACAAACAAGACCAAGAUACCUCAAACUAUGGACAGGAACCUUCAAGUAAAAGAAGAAAAGAAUAG